UACCGGCACAGCCGGGCCCUCGCUGGUGAUGCCCGCCGGUGCUGCAGCUCGGGGUCCCGCAGCAUCCCCCGGCACAGGUCCCAUGGCGCCGGGCUGGGCCAUGCUGGUGAUGCUGGUGCUGGUGCUGAGCACCCUGCAGGCGUGUGGGGCUGUGCCAGCGCCAGAGCUGGGGCAGCACCGUGGAGUGCAGUGGGUCUGGGGGGUGGCCAGGCAAGCGCAGGCUGAGCCCCCCCUGCUCUCCCGCAGGAAAAGGGCUGAGGGUGGGCAGCAGCCCAGCACCCCCGCUGCCACACCGAGGCACAGCCACACUGCCACCACGAUGCCCAGCAGCAAUGAGACCGAUUCCCCUGAGCCCGACCUCCUGCUGAGCUCUGCACCUCCACCAGCACCCAGCACCAAUGCCAGCCUGCACCGAGCACUCGUUGUGCCGACCACGGCCGACCCCCUGGACGAGACCGAUUCCCCUGAGCCCGACCUGCUGCUGAGCUCUGCAGCACCACCAGCACCCGGCACCAAUGCCAGCUUGCACCGGGCACUUGUGGUGCCAACCACGGCCGAUCCCCUGGACGAGACCGAUUCCCCUGAGCCUGACCUGCUGCUGAGCUCUGCAGCACCACCAGCACCCGGCACCAAUGCCAGCUUGCACCGGGCACUUGUGGUGCCAACCACGGCCGAUCCCCUGGACGAGACCGAUUCCCCUGAACCUGACCUGCUGCUGAGCUCUGCGCCGCCAGCAGAGCCCGGCACACUGGCAGCACCCCAAAUGAGCAUCACCACUGUCCCCAGCGAGCUCACGUCACCCGGCAAGGAAGGGACAGUGCCCGGCAGCACGGACAGCAGCUCCUCCGUGGGACAGCGCUCAGUGACCCCCGCAGCCCUCAGCCCCACCACCACGGGUUACAAGAAAGUCAAGAAAGCCGGGGCCCUCCCCACGCCGACUCAUUCAGCCCCUUGGGACACGAAGCCUGAGGGGACCACGGUCCCAGUCCCCUGGGACCCCAGCAGGGUGAUGGGCAAGUGCCUGCUGGCCAUCCUGCUGCUGGCGCUGGUGGCCGCCACCUUCAUGGUGUGCACAGGGGUGCUGGGUGCCCUGCUCUGGCGGCGGGCACGGACGGCCAACCGCCGGCUCAGCCACACCGAGAUGGUCUGCAUCUCCUCCCUGCUGCCCGACGGCGAGGUGACCACCAAUGGCUCCAAGCCCGGCCCGGCCCGGCGGUCGAAGCUGCUGCUCGAUGGCGGCUCCGAGGCUGAUGGUGACAAUCUGACUCUCAGCAGCUUCCUGCCGGAGCACUCCUGAGCCGUGGGGAUGGGGUUCUGCAUCUCAGAGCACCGGGGGGGCCGGCGGCUGCACCGUGGGCAUGGUGCCCAGUCCCCGGUGCUGCCGCGUG